ACACGGGGGUUGGAAAACGGAAUCAGCAAAAUAUGGAAAAGUGCAAGUUGAUCUUAACUUGUUACUUUUGGUCUCAAAAAUAUUAGGUUCUAAUAUGAUAUAAAAAUCUUAGUUUUAAAAUCAUAAUACGUAAUACGACUACGCUACAUUACCCUACUUUUAAGUAAAAAGCUAAGACGACCCCCCUCUCAAAACAACUUGUUUGCCAAGUCUGUCUAACGGAAAAUAAAAAAGUUUAGAUUCGCUUUAACAAAGUUAUCGCUACUCCGGCACCAUUUUGCUCAAAGGCUGACAAAACACGGGUAUUAUCAAUACAGAGAUAAAGAUUUCUUUUUAUUUGACAUAAUGCAAUAACUACUAUAGGGUACAAUUAAGUUAUUGUGCCAUUGUGUGCAACAUUUUUUAUAAAGCUUUUUUUUGUUACGUGUCCUAUAGUUUCUAAAUUAUGAUUUGAAAUAACACAUAGUUUGUUAUGGUUUUUUAAUGCACAUAAAAUAUAUAUAAAUCUUUAAAACAGGAGGAAAGAUGUUGGCUUCAAUGCGCUCUGGAAAAUUAGCCAGGUUAUUUUUAAACCUGAUAUCAGUGUUUUGUUUGAUAGAAUUGCUGUAUUUUCUAAUGAUAAUGACCAUCAACCAACCAGCGUAUGAUAAUUGGAAUGCUGAUUUAAAAAACGAAAUCAUCGCAUUGGAAGAUCGAAUGUCACGAAAAGAAGUAUUGAAAGUAGAAAAAGUCGAAGAAGGGAAAGUUGGUCGUGAAUAUUUGGAGAAUAUGCUUAAAAUUCCAGAUCACAUGGAUGCAAAGACACGAAGGCUAAAAGACAUUCACGAUUUUAUAUACGAAACUUUAGAUAAACUUCAAAAUAAAGGCGAUUGUGAGGAAAAAAAGAUCGUCCAAUGUCAUAACUCUGUAAUGAGUGGUUUUGGAUCUACAAUACAUCGACAUGUGAUUUGCUUGCAUAUUGCAUUUGCUUUAGGACGUGCCUUUUUUAUCGAACACGAUUACUCUUCUUUUAACGGGCUAGCUGCAUUUACAAAAAUGGAAUCUGGUAAAUGUGCUUAUUUGAAAAACAAAAUUCCAGAAAUAAAAAGCAAAUGUAAUUUCAAAGAUCCUAAAUGCUACUUAAACAAAGACAAUUUUGAAAUCGAUAAUUCUUACAAGGUUUUAGAGUUUACGCACGAGGCAAACUUUCCUGCGCCGAAGUACAUACCUGGCACACUUCCCAAAAAUAUGGAAAAGGAGCUGUACGAUCUUGGCGUAAAGGAACCGUGGCAUUGGUUUACAUCUCAAUUGCUGGGUUAUAUGAUAUUGAGACCAAACCAUGCAUUCAAAGAGAAAUUGGCUCAGUCUUUAGAUGUGAUUCAAUUUCAAAAACCGGUAAUCAGCAUGCAUGUGAGGAGAGGUGAUAAAAUAGGUUCAGAAUCGCAUUUUAUAGAUGAGUCUACCUUCGUUAAAGCUGCAUUAGCAAAAUCCAACCAUACAUACGCGGAUUUGUAUGUUGCUAGUGGAGAAAAAUCUGCCAUCAUGAAAAUAAAAAAGAUGGUCACAGGGAAGUUUCGUGUUCGUCAAUCGCCUGCUAAUAAACUGAGCAGUAUUUUGGUCAAACGAGACGAUAAAAGCAAAAAUACAAUGGAAAACAUCUUAUUUGAUUUAUACAUGUUGGCUCACGCUGAUCACUCGAUUGUUACGUUCAGUUCUAAUGUUGGGCGACUGGUAUGGGAAUUAAAAACCGCCAUGUAUCCUUAUGACGCGAAAGAUACUGUGGUUUCGUUAGAUUCUAGACUCUUUUAUGGCUGGUAUGAUUACCACGCAAGGCAAACAUAUUAUCUGUCAACUAAAGAAAACAAAGCCAGCUACCCAGUUGGGAAGGAUAGCAUUGUGAUGGAAUAUAAUGUCGGUGAAUUAUUUUUACAUCAUCAUAAAAGACGAGUAACAGAUGACCAUGGGAAAUUUGUUAACUUGUCUCUAGUCACCAGUCGUAGUAACCACAAAUCAAAAGGUUACGUUCUGUCUGAUGACUUUACAGAAUGGCCUGGAAAGCCACAUUAUAAAAAUGAUAUUGCUUAACUGAUCUAUUCAUUUGCAAUUUUACCACUCGUAGGUUUUUCAAUCGUUAAAUUCUAAUAUAGGCAAAUUGAGAAGAGUGUUAAAAUUUGCCAACAUUAUAUUUUUAAACGUUACAAUAUUUACCAUAGAUCAAAAAUAAGUCUUUUUCAAACAUUGACAAAGCUUGCUUCUUCUUUUUGUGAGUGAAGCUUACUGAUUGGUAAAAUUUAGACUGUCCAUCAUAUACAACUUUUAAAAUGUUUUUCACUUGCAUUUUCUGCGUUUUUAAUAAUAAUAAUUCCCAUGUUUUUGUGUUAUAUUAUCAUAAUUUUCAUUUCAUCCGCCGAAGAUGCUUGUUAAUUUUUAGCUCAUGUUUAUGACUAUGAUACUUGAUGACGUUUUUGUAUUUAUUAAUCCUGGAAGGAUAGAAAACGUUUCUAGAUGAGACACAACUUCUUUGUCAAAUCAUCAGUUACCACAAAAUUUUCUUUAUAAAGAAGUGGCGUAAGUAAGUUGUGUUAUAAUAGUUGAGGAAAUUAGUUAAUAAUUUAGUACACAAAACAGCAUACCUCAACCUUUUUAUACCGAAUUGUGAUUAACUAGUGUAUUGACAAGUUGCUAUAUUUGCUACAUUGAAUACAACCCUACCCUAUUUCAUGACCUUUACUUUUUAGGUAUUUGGUCCUUAACAUAUAUAAUCCUUAAAAUAUAGCUAGUAUUGACAGCAGGACAAUAGUCAUAAUUAUCCUUAAGGAGAUUCUCCAUUAUUAUUGAUCAAUUUAAUCUAAAUAAUCCGAGUAACAGUGUGGAAUAACAGAUUUACGAGUUCAAUUUACGAGUUCAAGUUUGAGAUUGAUGGACGGGCUGGACAAUUGUCAAUGGUAAGAGCAAUUUUUCGAUCAUGUGUACGAAACGCUCAGUCGAGUUUACGGAACUACUUUUGAAAGAUCUCACUAUUCACCCAACUCUUGACUGAAACAAAAGCGGUUUCAUGAUUACAAACAUGGGCGGUUUUCCUUCUGUUCCACCGUUCCACUUGCUGCUGUCAUUUCUUGACUUUUCUUAUCUUCCCCCAUAAACGUUUUGCAAAUUUAAGCGUCUUUUCUUAAAGCAUUGGGCCAUUAAUCGGAAAGUUUUUCAACUAUUUGAAAACAUAUUGUGUUCGCUUGUUUAUACUAACAAUAUCUUUCCAAACCUUCAAACAGUUUAUUUUCGUUUUUCAUCCACAUGGAUAUUGUGUUUUUUGGAACACCAAAUUUUUAUGAUGUCUCCUUGUUGGUCAUUCCCUUCUCAAUUUGUCCAACGUUUUAACUCUUUUGUAUAUUUUAUUUGCAGGCAAAUUUUCAAACCCUUUGAUUACAUUUGAAUACUGAA